AUGGCUCAGGUUCAAGAAACAGAAACGGGCGUCUUUAUGCCGGCAGAUCACGCAGAACCAGCAGUCAACACCAUCUGCUCCCGAGCUUUCAAGCGAGGCGAGCAUCGCAUCCGCCACGAACGGAGACAUACCCAAGAAAAGCCGUACCUGUGUAAACUCUGCGAUAAUCGCUACGUGCAAAAAGAUCUUCUGCUACGGCACCAGCGACUUUUACAUGGAGCAGCGACAUCAGGAUCCGGGGCAAAGAAAGCUGCAGCUGUAGCCGCAGCCGCAGCCGCAGAUAUCGAUACAGCAUCGAUGCACUCUCUGCAGUCAUCUUCUGCGACACAAGUCCUGGUCGAGAGCCACGAAUCCUUGGAUUCUGUUCACGCGACCUUAACCGACGAUACUUCCUCGAGAGAUUCAUCGGGCAUGUUACAGCAUCAUGUUGAACACUUGAAGCUAUUCAAUAGCGUCGAGGCCGAAUCGCCGCUAUUCACAGAUCCGUUCUUCGAGUGGCCAUCCCAACAAAUGGCCGAUCUUGCUCUUCCGCAUCUGAGCAGUCACUUCGUCGAUAGCCUCUUGCCCCUAAAAGAAUAUUCAAAUCUAUUGACUGGUGGUCACGAUCCCCUGAUAGGGAGCGCUCCUGACAUUGCUUCAGUCCGCCCAAAUCAACAGCACUUCGCUCAGCAGAGCAACCCAGUCUCUCUCAGAGUCAAUCUUUCAGUUUUUGAAACGAACAGGCAUCAGAAACCCAUCUUUCCAAUCCGCUUUACCAACGAGACACGAGAAAGAAUUCUCAGGGGUGUUUCAGCCCAAGUGUCCCCAGAGCUCUUGGAGUUGCUGGCUUCUGUUGCCACAAUUCUGUACGAACGGUGCCUUCAACGAUAUUUCGCGACCUUCAAUACACAUGCGCCACUUUUCCACCUGCCAUCCCUAGACGUCGAUAAAGUCCCAGCAGCACAGCUACUUUCCAUGUGUGCCACAGGCGCAUUAUAUCGAAUGGAAAGGAAGGUAGCAGCCAUCUUCUACAACGCUGCGCGCCAGAGCCUGGAGAACAUAAGCUCAGAGAGCUCUGAUCAGAAAGAUCCCCUACACGAACUUCACCUGCAGGAUUGGAUCAAGCCGACCAGCACCGAGAGUGAGUCGCCGAUACCCCCGCUGUGGAUAAGUCAGUCGAGACUACUCCUCACUUUGUUCGAGACUUUCAGUGGGGAUUCAAAGUUGUCGUCGAUGGCCAUUUACCGGCUCGGCUUCUUCGUUUGGGACUUUCGUGCUCGCCUGAAUUGGCUGCAAUCUCACACAGCAGGACAGGAGGAGUUAUCGUGGGAGACAUGGGUAGAAAGAGAAUCUGUCAAGAGGCUUUUGUACGGCUACAUGUAUCUUUGCAACCUGAUAUCGAUGCUCUUAGACAUUGCAUCGGGUUUCUCCAUGUUGACGGAUGGCACCCUCGAGAUGCCCUGUCAUCACUCACUCUGGGACUCCGCAAAUGCAGAUUCAUGGCGAGAGAACGCAAAAGCAUGGGGACUUGGCUCGCCCCUGCGAUUGAAAGACGCCGUAACGCGCCUACUAGACGAGACUACCCCACAUGAAAUUCCAGCCGAGUAUUGGGAGUGGGAUCCAUAUUCAUGCCACGUCGCCGUGAACGCCGUGUCGAUCUACAUAUCGCACAUGACCCAGGGACUGUAUUUCCUCGACGAGAGUUCGCAACACGCCGCGGCCGAUCGCUACCGGGUGUCGGACAUCACCAGCCAGAUGGUGACGGCGAUCACCAAGUGCUUGCACCUGAUCAAAGGCGCGAGGGCCAGAGCAGACGAGUCGCACGCCUGGGAGGAUACCGAGGGGCCGCUGCUCUUCAACUCCCUGGCCAUAUUGCGCGUGAGCUACUGCCGGAUCAUGACUCGAGCGGAAUCCGCCGCGCGAGGAAUGCUUUUCCGGAUGAACGAAGCCGAGAUGGAUCACGCGAUCCGGCACUUCUUGUCCGAAACUAUGGAGUGGACGCAGUCCCUGAACCGAGCGGUCUCGGUGGCCUUGGAAGGUAUCCUGAUACCGACGAGGAUUGGAAGCGGCCUGGUGAGAAAGACGGCGGCCUUCGCGUGGGCUAUCGAGCAUGCAUUAGCAGGCUGGGACGCCAUCCUUCUUCUAUCGAAGUGGCUCCAUGCCAAGGAGUCGCUCCAGCGUCGAGGUAUUACUCUCGACAAGGUCGACAUGCAGAUCAUACAGCGGGUACGAGACAUGCUCGCUGAAGACAGCGAGCCGAAUGAUUCGUCUGUGUCGCUCGCGGCUGCGUUGACCCGAUCUUGGGCGGGCUUUUAUGAUGAUACGUGGGUGUGGGGGGUCACGCCCAAAAUGGGCAGGAUUUUGCGACAGUUGGCGAACCAUUAUGAAGAUGCAGCGGCCUGA